AUGACAACUCAAGUGCACGCGGGUCGUAUGACCUCCUCACACAGCGACAGUGAGCGAUCUCAGGUGCAGACGCAUGAGCCUCCAAUACUACACGAUUCGUCCGUCACUGGUGAUAGCAAUGUGAAUCCGGAAUUAGAUCAGAUCUUCGACUACGCCUCCUUCAUGUGGACCGACACGGGCGCUUUCGACUUGCGCAACGAUCCAUUCGGCCAAGGCGCUUCACAAAGUAGCAACGUCCUAAACUCGCCAAUUGCGCCCUUGCUUAACGGCUCACUCACGAACGCAUCUGGCUUGUCUGAACCUUCGCCGGCAACGGUCCAGACCGACGCGGACCUCUUGGAGACAUUCGCCGGCUCGAGCGCGCCACCUAUCCUUGCCCACAUAGAAACCAAGCUGAGAUGGUCGGUCUUGCGGAAGCUGCUUUCGGACAUGGCUCGCACAUCGUCUGUGGUGCGCAAUUCGGUUCUAGCUUACUCUUCUCUGAGUCUCGCAGAAGGGCGGCGACCCAACCAACAGCAUGUCGCUCACUACGAUGAGGCGAAAGAAUCUUUGAAGGUCAAACUCACGGAGUCUCCUUCGCAAACGGGUGGCUCUCAAAGUCAGGUGGAGCACUUGCUCGCAGCUUCUUUCUUGCUCUGCUACAUCGAUCUGGUGACAGACCGGUCAGAGCAAGCACACGCAACCUUGAAGCAGGCUCAUACGACGGUCAGACACCUACCCAGUGACUCACUCACUCCGCUGAACAGGCGGCUGAUCUCCUGGCUAAGGCUUCUCGAUGCCAGGGCCGUGAGCGCCGGCGGAGAAGGUCGUUUCCUGCGGGACGAGACUGAUACACUCUCCAAUGCAGAGUUGGAUUCCCCUUAUGAGGAACGUACAGAUGCUUACGAUGAUGCCGACACCAUCCAGGAAGCAUUGCUGGACGCCCUUUCUGCCCCCGGUACCGUCUUCUUCCAUCGCAUCCAGACUUUCAUGGGCCGGAUCUCGCUAAUUGACCCUUGGCACCGAAGCAGAGGUACGGUCGAGGAUGAGACACAAGUCAUGGGUAUUGCUUCCAAGAUCAGUUCGGAUAUCAUCAAGCUAUAUCGUCACCGACCACCGCUUAUGGACUUGGCCAUCAAGGGGAGCCUACGUGAGCCAUACCUACCUUCAGCGCUCGCCGCCAACGUCACCCGGACUUUGAGAACAUACCUGGCAAACUAUUACGCAUCGUUCGUACACCUCCAUCGCGUGGCAUACAAACACCUACCCCAAACAACAAACGUCACAAGCGCCAUCAGCACGAUACGCCACAUCGCUAAGGUGAUGGCGGAGAGUCAGACUGUGCAAGGAGAUCCACUUCCGGUGAACAUGUUGUGGCCGCUGCUAAUGUGGGGAUGCGAAGAGAAUGCCACGGAUGAGCGAGCCUGGAUCACCGCAAGCAUUCGCAAGAUGGGAGGUGUCGCUACUAACGCCAGCAUCACCGCUGAUGUGUUGGAAGAAGUUCAGCGAAGGCAGGAUACUUCUGGAGCCAGAGUGGAUGUACGCUCAGUCAUGGAGGAUGUCUUCCACUCUAGCUUUGCAAUCGUCUAA